GCCAAUUGCAAACUGACUCUUUUUAAGGCCUGUAAUGGUGCAACCGUGCAAAUCUCAAACCUGACCUGGAGACGACGAGAUAAGGAGUCAACCAUCAACACUCAACACCUCAUCCGCUGAACAAAUCCAAGAGACGAGAGACGAAAUGGCAACCGAUGCACCUGCACCCACCAAAUCCUUCAUCAUCAAGCACAUGAACACCAACCAUGCCGACACGCUCUCUCUCUACCUACGCGCCUACUGCGGCGUCUCCGCCCACUUCGCCCAUCCCGCCGUCCUCCAAGACAUCUCCCUCUCCGACCUCCUCAUCAGCGCGAAAGGAACCCGCUACAGCGUCCCCAUCAACCCACCCAUGACCUCCUUUUCCGAAGCCCGCGCCCGCGUCGUCGCCAUGCACAAGGAUUCUCUGCAGCGCCUCGGCCUCUCCGACAUUACCAUCGCCGACAAUUUCCUGCCGGGGAGUGUGUUCUACGAGACGGUGGGCUUGGACCGGUAUCCGGUACUUACGCGGUUCUGCUACGAUGUUGCGCCGGUGGUGGUUGGGUUAUUGCUAGGCGUGCAUUUGGUGGAGGCGACGCUGUUGGCGGUUAAGAGGUUGAGGCCGCAUGGGGUGCGGGUUGCGUCUGGGUUGUGGGUUGCGUGGAUUGUGUCGAAUUUUGUGGAGGGGUUUCCGGUGUGGCGGCGGUUUGAUGAGAUGGUGAGGGAGGAGCGGAUGAAGAGGGAGCGGAGUGAAUGAUA